UGGCGCUGGUGGUGGAGGAGGAGGAGCCUGGUGGUCGUGGCCGGCGGUGGGUGAGACAGACGAUUUUCACCACCACUACCACCUCCUGGCUGGUCUCUGCCCUCCCUACCACGCCUCUCCCGCCCUCACCCACACCUCCAACAUGACCUCCACCACCUGAGUUGGUGUGUGUGAAAGAAUGCCAUAAACACUGGAAACUGAGAACUUCAUGGCCAGUUCAGAGUGGCUGCAGAAGUUUUAACAGAUGACACAACAUGCCAUUAUAACUGCUUAUUUCUAUCUCACUAUUGAAUGAGGAAGAAUGCCACGAAUACCCACAGGUAGUGGUGGUGUCUCGCGGGGAGCUGUGGGAACGGGAGGAAACUCCCUCAACUGGCGGGAAGUACACCAACGCGUUCGUGAACUCAGGAGAACUUUCCUCCAUCUAUCUGUCAAGACACCCACUGAUGUUACCUUUCGACGCCUUGGACCCUCACAGUUGCGAUGUUAUUUUCUCCUAUCUCCGGGUCAGGGUAGAGAAUCUACGCUGUUUUAUGCCGACAUUAAUCUCGACAAGACUUGGGGUAGCAGAAUUGUAUAUCAAGAAGUGUUGGAUUCAGGCCAUUCCUUCCUGUGGCGGCGGAUAUCGCGUGAAGAGCAGUUACUGAGUGAACGCAGACGCAUCUCCACCUGGGGCAUCACAAACUAUGAACUUCAUCCCACAUCUGGUACUCUGGUCUUCCCAGCAUCCUCCACCAUUUUCCAAUGUGUACAUGCAGAACGGCCGACUGGGCCCAUUAGCCCAAGAGAAUUGCCGAGUGUCCAGGUCAGACUAAACCCUCAAAUAUGCCCCGCAAACCCCAACCUCAUAGCCUUUGCAGCUCGAUACGACAUUUAUCUUUAUAAUACUAAAACAGGAGAGGAAAAAAGAGUGACCCAUGUACAUAGUGGUAGUGGCCGACUAGAAUACGAUCCCAAGAGUGCGGGGAUGCCCUCAUAUGUAAUGCAGGAAGAAUUUUCCCGUUAUCAGGGCUACUGGUGGCAACCUGUUUCUCCUGAUGGUGUUUACCGAUUACUGUUCGAGGAAGUUGACGAAAGUGAAGUUCCCAUCGUGCAGUUUAUCCUUCCUGAUGAUUCAGCUGGCAUGCUUGAUGAGUUUAGAUUUCCUCGAGCGGGUAUGUCUAAUGCAGAAUCUACAUUAAGGUUGCUAGAGGUUGAAGUAGGUCCAGCGGAAGAGUUAAGGGUGACGACUCGACACUUGCGUCAUGACCUCAAACAGCUAGCUCCUUGGCAUGAGUACUUAGUUCGUGUUGGCUGGGUUCCUGAUGGCACACAGAUUUGGUGUCAACUCCUUGACAGACGACAGCAGCGGCUUGAACUGAUUUUACUGUCUUUGUCAUCAUUCACUGGCCAGAAGAGUCCAGCCGCACCAUCUGCUCCAUCACCACCACUUCUCUCCCCUCAUGUGAUAGUUUCCGAGCACUCGAAUACAUGGAUAGAUGCGUCGCCGAGAGGGGCCCCGAGAGGUCCGGAACGUUUACAGUUGGGCGCGCGGCGAGGGACCGGAACGCUAAAGUGUCAAGUUCAUAAUCUGCUGUAUUGGUGGACAAGUCACGGAGACUCCAGUCAGAGAAUGUUGAUAUGGGCCAGCGAAGAGACAGGUCAUCGUCACCUUUAUCUUGUGCUGUGUCAAUUGUCCCCUCCAUCCAGCACUGAAGACCAACCUUCUCACGAGGAUCAAGGUAUGGUGGCUGCACAGCUAGUUCAGAAGAUUGCCCUCACCCGAGGUGAAUGGUCGGUGACCGGCAAUGGUUUAUGGGUUGACGAGUCCCGAGGCUUAGUGUACUUCACAGGGCUGCUGGACUCUCCUCUGGAACAGCACCUCUAUGUCACUUCAAUAUCACAUCCAGGAACCAUUCAAAGACUAACAGAACCGGGGUUCUCGCAUCAUGUUGCUCUAAAUGAGGAUUGCAGUGUAUUCACGACCGUGUACAGUAGUGUGGAGACCCCUUCACAGAGCCAAGUUCUGAGGAUAACCCCGCACGAUGCACAAAACAGUAGUGACAACCUAGUCUGGGUGUCUGUGUUGGGUGACCUUGUCAAUGAAACACGCAGUGUUGGGUGCCAGGGGAUGAGACGGCUGCUGUUCCUCCUCCUGCAGCUCCUUACAUCACUCUCCAACCCAGUGUCGGAAGGGUUGAGAGAAAUAAAGUCUCUCGUUGUACCCGAAGUCUUCACAACAAGAAUAAACAGCGGGGAUUCAAUAUACUCCAUGGUGUUUAAGCCACAUAACUUCUCACCGGGAAGAAAAUAUCCUACUGUUCUAUGUAUAUAUGGUGGACCGCAGGUUCAGCUCGUCACAAACACAUUUAAGGGUUUUAGACACAUGCGAACUCACAUGCUCGCUGCUCAUGGCUUCUGCGUGGUUAGCAUUGACUCCCGCGGCUCUGAUAACAGAGGCGUUGGUUUUCAAGCACACCUCAUGAACAGAAUGGGCACUGUAGAAAUAGACGACCAAGUAGAAGUGUUGCAGUUACUGGCUGGUCAGUGUGAUUAUAUGGACCUUUCACGCCUGGCCGUUACUGGCUGGUCUUAUGGUGGCUAUCUCUCUCUGAUGGCUCUGGCGCAGAGACCUGAUGUAUUUAAAGUGGCUAUUGCUGGGGCUCCUGUUGUGUCGUGGAGUUUGUACGACACCGGCUACACCGAGCGCUACAUGGACCUGCCCAGUGUCAACCCUGAGGGAUAUCGUAAUGGUUCCGUCCUCUCCUAUGUCAAUAACUUGCCCGAUGAGGAAAACCGGUUACUAAUUGUUCAAGGAAUGAUCGAUGAGAAUGUACACUUCUCACAUACGAAUCAAUUAAUUCAGGCCCUUAUUAAGGCAGGAAAGCCAUACCAACUUCAGAUAUACCCCCACGAGCGCCACUGCUUACGUCAGCUGGACUCCAACGAACACUACGAGACUAAGCUACUCUCCUUUUUGUUGAAUAAUCUAUGAUGGAAAUGGAAGCUAGACUUUGAAAUCUUUGUGUUAUAUCACCAAAUUUUUUGACAGCAUUCUGGUUUGUUGAUUGUUUUGGUGUUUAUUAACUAUGUAACUAGUGCUUGAUGCUUUCUAGAAACAGGUGUGCCAACCAGUGCUAGUGAUGGUUUCACCCAAGUGUCGAAUGCAUGGAAUUCUGCAUUAAAAAAAUCAUUUUUACAUUAACGAAGCACAAGACUGUGUGGAAAUGGCUGUUGUGAAUAGCGGUUAAAUGUUAUUCGUGUGAGUUAACUUGGUAACCAAGAGUACUAGAACAGUGUGGAAGUGUCCUUGUUAUGACUGAUGCUGAAAUAAAAGGCAAACUAAGCCAAAAUGUAGGUUUUAAGGGAGGACUAAUGAACAUUUCUUCAUUGCCCUAGAAAUUCACCAAGGUAUUGUCCUGUUUAAUGCCUCUCUUGUUAUUUGUUUUCUCACCUUUUUUUUUUUUUAUGUAUGAUGAAGCUUGGACAGAUACCAGUGUUUGAUGGAUCUGAUUGUAUAAUGCUAAUAUUGUAAUGUUAGCUCUACGAUGAUGGUGUUUCUCAUGUUUUAAUUUUUUUAUCAAAAAAUGUUACGGAAUGAUUAAAUUGUCAAGUGCUGUAUUUUGAUUAGACUUGGAAGAAAGCUGUGGGCUGUAGGUGGUGAUUACACUCGGUAAAGAUCUACACCACAUACGCUAGCGCAGCUUUUUGCAGUUAUGUUGGUAGUUGGUCUUGCAGUCACUGAGGAUUCUGAGUACCGAUAGACAAAAUUUGAUUUUACUGUCUCACUUUAUCCUAACUUUAUUUUUUUUUUUUUUUUUUGUCAAGAUAUACUGUAAUUUGACCAAAUCACAAUGCCGAUAGUUAUUUUCGCCUGUAAGUUAUGUUAAUUAUCUGGUAGUGUGUUAGGCAGUGGAUAAUGGUAGCUUGCAGGUACAGCAUGGACUGUUGUGGAGACGUGUCCAAGUGACUUGGAAUUUGUAGCCUCAUUCAAAAUUGAACAGUUAGUCAUAUGGUGAUACAAUGAACUACCCAAGUUAUUUUGAGACUACAUAAAUCUUGUGGUUCUGGCAGACCCCAAAACAACAGCUGCUUGCAUUGUCUAGGUACGAAUCACAGUGAUGCAUUUAGGAAACACAGGAUAGGGCUUAGGAACCACGUGUUCUCAAGAUGAUGUAGGCUCUCCGUAAUAUUUCGUACCUGUUACCUGCUGUGUACAUGUACAAAACUACUACAAAAUCUAACCAGGUCAACACUAUAAAUUGUCAUUUUUGUUCAUAUAACUUACGCUAUAAAAUUAUAAUGUUAGGAGUGAUGCUAGCAAGGUAUAUGUAUUGUAUGAUUUAGAUUCAAUUGGUUUUACUUAAUUGUAAAUGGGAAUGGAUGAAGGAGACAGUUUUGUUUAAUAUUAUGUACAUAUUUUUGACUAAUUGUGUUGGGUAGAGUACCCAUUCCUGUAAAGUAAUUACAAAAUACUCUCAAUCAAAUGAGUUUUUAAUUGGUGCUAAGUAAAAUGUUGCUCUCUGGUAGUUGUACCGACACAGGAGGGAUAAAAGUUGACUGACAUGCAUUACGGAUUCUAACAUUUUCGGGAACUGUAAAUAUGCAUGGUAACUGUUUAAAACUGCAAAUAAAGUGGCAUUCACAUAUCGAUAUACUUUAAAAAUUUGAGAGAUUCCAUAACUGCAAGUUGUGAUUUGAACUAGCCAUCAUUUAGUGUAGUGGUGAGUAUGUAACUUUGGAUUUCACGUGUUGGUAAAUUUGAUCCUAGAUCCUCUUGUGUUGAAAUGACAAUCAUAUAGGUUUUCAAAAUCUUGUCGAAUUUUGAGAGCAGCGUUCACCGUAUAUUGCAAUUGGAUAGGCAUUGUCUGGGUACAUACUUCAAAAGUUUCAUGCAGUCUUGCAUCGCUGCCUUUUGCAUAGUAUUCAAAGUAAAGAUUUUUAACUGUAAAAGUUUGUUUUUUUAUAUGCAUUUUUAUUUACCUCUAUACUAGGGUAUAAAGUGUGACAAAAAUUUGGGUAAAUUAAAAAUUUUGGGCGA